CUGGUGUAUCCUCACGACUUCAGGCUAACAGAGAAAGAGAAAACCAGCAUCUGCUACUUGUCCUUCCCAGACUCCUACUCAGGUGGCCUGGGGGACACUCAGUUCAGCUUCCGCCUGCGUCAGUCCGGGGGACAGAGGACCACUCAUUACGAGGAUGAGGGCGAGUACAACAGAGAAGCACCCCUAACGCUGCAGCGGGAGUCAGCUCACUACUUCGGCUACGUGUACUUCAGGCAAGUCAAGGACAGCUCGGUGAAGAGGGGUUAUUUUCAGAAGUCUUUGGUGCUGGUGUCACGCCUCCCAUACGUGAACUUGUUCCAGUCGUUGCUGCAGCUGAUUGCUCCGGAAUACUUUGACAAGCUGGAGCCAUGCCUGGAGGCAGUGUGCAAUGAGAUUGACCAGUGGCCGCCUCCGGUGCCGGGACAGACUCUGAACCUUCCAGUGAUGGGAAUUGUCAUGCAGGUGAGAAUCCCGUCAAGGGUGGAUAAACCCGGAUCAAGCCCAGUGAAGCAGUUCAACCAAGAGAAUCUGUUACCAGCCCCACUGGUUCUCCCCAGUAUUCAUGAACUGGAUCUUUUCAGAUGUUUCCAGCCGGUGCUAAUCCACAUCCAGAUGUUGUGGGAGCUGAUGUUAUUAGGAGAGCCAAUAGUUGUAAUGGCACCGUCCCCCACGGUUUCUUCAGAGAUGGUUCUGGCACUUACCAGCUGCCUGGCUCCCCUGCGGUACUGCUGCGACUACCGUCCCUACUUCACCAUCCACGACAGCGAGUUCAAAGAGUACACCACCCGCACACAGGCGCCGCCAAACAUUGCUGUGGGAGUCACAAACCCCUUCUUCAUCAAAACCCUCCAGCACUGGCCGCACAUUCUUCGGGUUGGGGAGCUCAGGAUGUCAGGAGACCUGCCCAAGCAAGUGAAGGUGAAGAAGCUGGCUAAACUGAAAACUCUGGACACAAAACCAGGAAUCUAUACUUCUUAUAAAACUUUUCUUCACAAAGACAAAACCCUAAUAAAAAGACUACUAAAGGGCAUCCAGCGGAAACGCCCCUCGGAAGUCCAGAGUGCCCUCCUGAGGCGUCACCUCCUGGAGCUCACCCAGAGUUUCAUUAUCCCCCUG